ACCAAGCCAUGACUGGAAGCCUCACAGUCACAGAGCAGUUUUGGAUUUAGCAUUUGGAUCAUUCACACUUCCUGUUGGAUCAAUACGUUUGUUGCUGUUGGGUUUUAGCCUGCUGGGGGAAAGACCAGACAGGGAGUUUAAUAACGUCUGUCACUGCCUCCUGGAGCACCUGAACCAUGGCAAACGUUCAGAGGGUGCAGAAGAAGACCAGCACCAUGUCCCUGACCAUCUCCUCCUCCUCCUCCUCUGCAUCCUCCUCUCGAGAGCUCUCCUCCUGCCCCUCCAGCACCGCCUCCUCCUCCACCUUCCUGGCACAGAGACACUCGAGCCUGGUGCAGCCGCUGUGUGUCAGCCCACAGAGGACUCAGAGUCCAAUCUACAGUCAGAACUACUCAGGGAAUGGAGUUGCUCCUACUUUUGUGAAGUGCCUCCAUGACGUGUCCACAGUGAAGGGGCAGCUGGUGGUCCUGGAGUGCAGACUGAGGGGGACUCCUCCCCUGCAGGUCAUUUGGUACCGAGAGGACGAACAAGUGCUGGACUCUGAUGAUUUUAGGAUACUGCGCAAGAAGGCCAGCUCUGCAUCAGUGCCAGAGGAGCUGUGCACACUGGUGAUCACAGAGGCCUUUCCUGAAGACUCUGGUCUGUUUAAAUGUGUGGCCAUCAACUCCUUCGGCACAGUGUCCUGCUCUGCAAUCCUGGAAGUUUACGAAGACCUGGAGGAGCAGCUGGAGAUCGAGGCCGUUCAUCAUCAGGAAGCAGUGUCUCUCAGACAGAAAGAGGAGGCUCUGUUCCAACAGGAGACUUCCUCCUCCUUAAAGAGCAGUGAGGACUUUCCCUUUGAGCUGCCGGACUCCACGACCCUCCCCCCUCCUGAGUGGCCUGACAGCCCUCCAGAGGAUAACAUCCCUCUGGCAGAGUUUCCAGAGCCCCAGCUGGCCAACCACUCCUCUAAAGAACCCUUGGGCCGCAGCGAAGAGUCAGAGGGACAAAGGACACCAGAGAUUACUGUCCUCUCUUUUACGCCCAGCCCUCCCCCUCCACCCUCACCCACACCACCACCACCACCAACUGAAGUCAAGGAUACAAACCAAACACCAAAGCUCUUCAGCCCAAGCAAGCUCAGUUUCACUUCCUCCCAGCCAGGAGGCAACAACAUGAACCUGUCAGACCUGCCAUCCUUCACUCCCAGCACCUUCCCUCCCAGUGCCUUUAACUAUGAGCGACCAAGGCACUUUAUUCAGUCACAACCUUCCUUCCAGGCACCCAGUUAUGAAAGUGUCGUGAGGGAGGCCCAGGAGAACCAAAAUAACGCCCAACUGAACCUCAACAGUCCCAAGAAUAGUCAAAAUGUUACAGAGACACAGAGUCAAACUAAAAAGGUGUCCGCACAAAAUCAGUCUUUCUCUCAAACUCAGUCAGUGUCCAAGUCCUUGUCCCAGACGCAGACCCAGUUUCAGUCACUAAGCCUUGGUCAGAACCAUGCCCAGUCUGUUGCUCAGACCCAGAUCCACAUCCAGACCCAGGCCAACGGCACGGGCAGGUCCUCUCCCUCCUCAUCCAGUCUCAGCUCUCCUAUCUCCACCCCGGCCUCCUCUGCUGCACCUCCUUUUUCCUCCACUGCCCCCUUACUCAGUCCCUCUGACUCCUCCACCUCUCCCUCCUCCCCUUUCUCGGCAUCCUCCGCCACUCUCCCCCACACCACCUCUCCCCCCUCCCCUUUCUCAGCAUCCUCCCCCUCUCUCCCCCAUACCACCUUUCCCCCCUCCCCUUUUUCUGCAUCUUCCUCCACUCUCCCCCGCACCACCAUGCGUUCCACCAUCACCCUCACCCCCAGCAUCCCCAGUGCCACCGGCCUCGGCAGUGCCACCCUGCCAGCAAACCAGGACAACAUGUCAGCACCUGCUGCUUUCCUUUGCUCCGUACUGCCCUCCCAGUCUGCUUUCUCCCCGUUCUCCUCCCCCAAGCUGUCUCCCAACUCUAACCUGCCCCGCCCCUCCACCUCCCCCAGCCGUUCCCCACUCUCCCCCUCCAGCCCUCUCCUUCCCUUGAGGGCCUCCUCCUCUCCUUCCUCCCUGCCUCAGCAGCCUCUCCAAGUGUCCCCUUCCUUCCCUCACUCCCCUCUCUCUCCAUCCUCCUCCUCUCUUUCACAACCUAACACUCCCAACAGUCAGAACAGGGUACCACCUGCUGUGGUCUCCCUGCCCGCCAGCUACAAGGGGACGCCAAACAUCCUUCCCAAGCCCAUCCUAAAGAAGUCUGUAGCUCCUCGGCCUUCCUCCUCUCGCUCAACGGAUGACGAGAUCCAGGGCUCUAAAGACGCCCUCAUCCAGGACCUGGAAAAGAAGCUGCGCUCAAAGGAGGCCAGGAGGAGAACCAGUCAGAAACUGUCCUAUGAGGAGCGCAUGGCUCGUAGGCUGCUGGGUCCAGACAACGCCACCAACAUGUUUGACCAAGACAAUCUUUCAGACUCACAACUUGACCAGCCAGAGUCACCAGAAGGAAGACACACAGGUGGACUGUGGGGGAGGCACCACUCAGGGACAGAUGAGAGGGCAAAUGAGGGCCCAGCUAUCCAGGAGAAAUGUUAUGCUCCUCGCUUCCUGCAGAUCCCUCCAGACCUCACUGUAGAGGAGGGACGCUUCUGUAGGAUCGACUUCAAGGUUGGAGGCCUCCCUACACCAGACGUCUGCUGGUAUCUGGACGGUAAAGCCAUUCGUCCAGACGACUACCACAAGAUGUUGGUGUGUGAAAAGGGGAUGCACUCGUUCAUCAUAGAGAUUGUCACAGUGCACCAUGCCGGAGUGUAUGAGUGUGUGGCCCGGAACCGAGCAGGAGAGAGCAGAUUUAGCAUGAAGCUCGAUGUAUUAGCCCAGGAGGCUCUGCGUCCUCCCACCUUUGUCCAGAAGAUGUUGAACUCCAGAGCCCUAGAGGGUGAUACUGUCAGGCUAGAGUGUAAAGUAGAAGCUUCUCCUCCUCCACAGCUCUUCUGGAAGAAAGAUAAAGAUAUGCUGCGCAUUGACCCACACAGAAUGAGUCUGUAUCAGGACGGCUCAGGCCGACAGUGCUUGUUGAUAGAGAGGGUGAUGAAGUCUGAUGCUGGCUGGUACACUCUCUCUGCCAUCAAUGAAGCUGGCAUGUCCACAUGUAACGCAAGGCUGGAUGUAGGCACUCGCACAGCAGCACCCAUGAAGACGGCGCCCCCUGGCUCCAAGACGCUGAAGCUGCUGUCGUCUCUGAGCCACGUGCCUUCUCUGACUGUGGAGAGUCCUGCUCAGCACACCGCCCCGCUGUAUGAGAGUGAGGAGCUGUAGAGACACACUAAAUCCAAUCCCUAUCACACAUCUCAAAAAUGGACCGGAGCCUGUAUUAACUGUCAUGUUGAGUGCUUAUAAUGAAGCUUUGGUUCAGAAUACAGAGUAACAGCCGUGUAGCGGAGAGUACUGAGGCCGAUACGGGUCAGGUUCAUUAAAGAAGCUACUUUUGGGUUGUGAUGUGGUAUUGUAGAAUUUUCUCAUUUGGAAAAACAUUUGAUUGUCUUGCUAACAUGUUGAAAACUGCCCUUCCUCCUCUCAUGACAUUUUAUGUGUUUUUAAAUAUUUGGAGGAACCUACAACCCUAACCAUAUGGAGAGACAUCUUUACUAUUCAAGUGCCUUCUGAGGUAAAAUAAUCUCACCUUAUCUUAUUCACCUGCUGCUGUUUGUCACCACUGGGCCUAUCCUUUGUCCAUAUGUACAGCUCAUGUUUGAUACAUGUCUGUGAGCCUCUCUACGUCUGUCCUCAUGUCUGCUCUGCGCUCAGCAACAUGGUGUAGGUCAUGGAUGUAUUAAUAGAGCCAGAUACAGUGUGGCAGAGUCAGACCUGCUGCCAGUUUUAUCUCAGUGGCCAGCCUCAGUGCUUCCCCCAACAGGGAACUAAUGACGGAUUUAAUUUAUAACUACUUGGAUUGAGCUCUUUCAACUACACUACACACAAUCCAAAACUACCAACAUCUAUCACUGCACUUUAAUCCUGACAACUGUCUGCUUGUCACUUACUGCCUCCUCCAGCUUGCAGCUGAAUCAGGGUGAUUUAGUGUCUGAGCCUCUGGAUUUAAACGUGUUCUCUGAGUCACAGCUGCUGUUGCUUCUGAUAAUGUGUGUCUGUAAAGUUAGAUAAAGAAAGUCAGAGUUUUAACUAACCUGCUCACCUCUUGUUUAAAGAUACCACCAUCGGUUACUGCUCAGAUUCCCUGCUGUCACAUAAAUUCUGCCUAAUACAUGUUUUUAAAGAUGUCUGAUAUACAGUGUAUGUGAAUGAAGCUAUUUAAGUUAUUAGUGUCAGCAUUGAGACUUUGAAGUUGCCCCCCCACCUCCCACCUGUAACCAGAGGUGUAUAGUGUGAGUUGGGCAGAGAGCACAGGCUGCCAUCCUGAUAUCCAGCUGAACUGAACACAACCUGAUCUGCUCUCAACAGACCUGUUUACAUUUCAUCACAUCUGCAGUGCAGAGAAGACGUUUUACACUUUCCUCGCCAUCGUUAAGUCUGUAUGUUCAGUCAGAAAACAGCUAUCAGUGUGUCGGCCUCUGCCCAUAUUUGCCAAACUCUUCAUUUCUGACCAGAGCCUUAACGUAUGCUGUAUCACAAAGAGGCUCGAUUUGCCUGCUUACCUUGGAAAUGCUUGUUACUGCCAGACAUAAACUAACCUCACAAAAACCUGGUAAUUUUGGCUGGAUCUGCAUGCAAACUGAAUAUCUGGUAUUUAACCCUGUAUGGCUGCAGCUCAGUCAGCCAAAAAAGUAAAUGAAAGCUGAUUUCAUGGUUCAAAUAUAUAGACUGAGGACUAGUGGUUCUAUAUGUUUUACCACAGUAUGAUGUUUGGAUCAAACAGGGUUAAACGUUGGAUUUGCUUGAAGCACCAGAGUAGUUUUGGUAAGUUUGGUCCUUUCUGUUGAGAUUUGAAAUUGCAGGUAUUAGCGUGUAUUCUCAAGUACUGUUUGUUGUGUAAGAACUUCUACAUAUCACUGGAUGAAUGAGAAAUAAAAUUUACGGUGACCUUGA